AAUAUACUUCCCUCAGCAUACCACAGAUGACAGGAACGUGGUAAAAAGAUGUCGUGAAUCAACUUAGGUAUUACUUGUGGACUGCGCGCGCGAAAGUUAGCUUAUCCCUGAAGUCGAAUCUGUUGUUUAUAAAAGAAAUCGUUGCCUUAUUAACGCGACUGCCGCAAAGAGUAUUCGACGCUAAUCAAUUUGAAGGAGUUGUGCCUGAUUUUCUAUCAAGCGGAAGCUCAGGACUUUCAUUCAUUUGUUCCGUGCCCUACGGUCCGGUCCGUGGCCCGCGUGAUAUAGAAGGCUGUGAGAAACAACGGUGGUGAUCGCACGCCAUUUUCUAUUUUUGCAUAGCAGUGAGUUGUAUGUGUACAUUUUGUGUGAUAAAUUGAAAUAAUCAUUGUUAAUUAAUUAACGGCUAAUACUAGGAAUGAGACGAGUUUUCGAUAUUCAAUCGUAAUGUACGACGUGACUUUUUAUCAAUACGUUAUUCUUUCCAUGUGUAAAUUCUCGGUACGCACGUAAACAUAUUAUUUUUAUUUUUUUUCCCCCCUCAUUUCUUUUUUUCGAAUCUGUUGGCUACAACGACGAUCGCAUAUCGUAUGUGUGUAUGAACUGAAAAGCGGCUGAUUAUCAAACUUAUUUGCAAAGAAAGAAAGAAAAAGAAAAAAAAAAGUAAACGGAGUGAAACUCAACUCGCGAGAACCAGUCUGUGAUAUUAAACAGUACUAAGAUAUAUUAGAUGUAAUAUUAGUUGACAGUAACGCGUAACACUUAAAUAUUUAAGUUAUUAAACUACGAGAUAAAAAAAAUAAACGGACGUAAGAAAACAAAAAACAUUGGAAAAAAAACAACUACAAAAAAAAAAACGAAGGAAAAAAAAACACAAAAAAAUAAUAGCGGAGGCAGAAAACAAACUAAGUUUAGUGUGAAACCUAAAGAGACUGAAAAGCAUAGUACGCUGAACUCGAAGAAUGUCUACCGAAUCUGUGUCAAGUGAUAGGCAGCAGCCAGACGCGAAGACCGAAGGAGAUGGAGCGAUAAUAUCGAUGUCUGUGGCAGGCGAAGUGACUGACACUUCUAUUGUAGAAGUGGGCAGGUCUCGACCUCAGUUUCAAUAUACCCGGGAGGAACUGAUGGAGAUGAAAACUCAACCUUUAUCCAAGCGUAGGCCAGAUUGCUUGGAUACCGCAUACAAUAAUUCGCGAGGCGUUUGGGACCCUGAGCGUUGGCAUCUUGAUAGAAAGCGAAGUGAAACUCCCCCUGACGAUGAGAGAAAUGGACGCGGGGAUCAAGUGAUCGAAAAUCAUAGUAAACGUCGCAGUGGUGAUUUUCGGGAACGAAUCCGUAAAGAGUCGGAUGGCAUAGUACUGAGUCCUCAGCGCCGAAAUUUUAACUCUGGAUGCUUUGUCAAUGUAAGCCAGCUGCCAACCCGGUGUCCAGAGAGCCCGAUUAGCAAACCAGAGCAGGUUGGGCAUCGAGAACAAGUGCGGCGUAUAGGAUCUGGUCGCAUACUAACGCGCGACGUCUGGGACUUUAGACCUGAUACGGAGAAACUUGAGCCCGAUCGUCCAGAAUUUAGCUUCAGAUCUGGAGCAUCGGGUGGAGCUCCACUUCGAGACAGAGAUGUCAGGGAUGUUCGCGAUGUGGGAAGGGAUCGCGAAGGACUUAGAGACAGGGACCGAGAUCGUGAUAAUAUGAGGGAACGAGACGAAAGAUUUGAAAGGCGUUCGUUUACCAGAGACUUUGGUGAUCGUGACCGAGAUCGCGAUCGCGACCGGAUGGACAGAAGCGAUCGACACGAUCGCGGUCAUCCGAUGGAUCGCGACAAGGAUCGUGGUCGCGAUAGAAGGUUUGGAAAUGACCGAAGGCGAACUUACAGCGAUAAUAGAGAAGCCGACGAACCAGAAUGGUUUAGUUCUGGACCAACGUCCCAGCACGACACCAUCGAACUUCGUGGUUUCGAAGAUAUCCCCGAAGAUAAAGCGCUCAAUAAUAAUAACAUGAAAGGUAAAAAGCAGUCACCGGCUCAGAAGAAACGAAACAAGAAAAACUCGUUGGACAAAGAUGAGAAACAAAAUGAUAACGCCACCGGACCCAAGGGACGGAGCACACCCACGCCAACCGAUCAGCCAGCGAAUUUAGCUCCGGCUCCACACUCGCCGAUAUCUGAACAAAAUGAUCUCUUGUCUUCCCCCGAUUCUAGAGAGAAGCCUGAUGCAGGGCAGAACUCAGUCGCAGCACCAAAAUCGGCCAAUGACAGCACAGACGCUAACAUGGUACAGACUAAUAACCAUCCAGAUUUUAAUCUCGAUGAUUUUCUCAAGUCUGACACGUUCCCUGGAGUUCAUGGUCUAUUGACUAAUGGCGUUGGAUCGAGCAGUGGAACCGGAUCACGUUUUAGCCAAUGGUUCAAGAGGGAAAGUCCAGUCCAACAAAUAGACAGCCAACGAGCUUCAAUACAGGAUGAACUACUAAAUAAUUUGCUCAAUGAUAUUACUGAACCAAAUAUUCAAAUCCCUUCUGUCACAGAGUCCAAUACCCACUUCGCCCCCAUUUCGCCAGCCAACACAACUAAUAAUACAACCUCAACAACCGGAGUUAAACUCCUCGAAAUGUUGCAAAGAGGUAACAAGCCGAUUCAAAAUGGCCAAGGUGAUGCUGCCAACACUGGUGUACCACUGAUGAAAAAUUCUUCUCUCAAAGAUAUGGAGGUUGGCGGAAAGGUUGUGCACAGCUUGGAGGAAUUGGAAGCCCGCAUGAGGGGAAAUACAGCUCCACCGUCAACGGUUGUUGAACCGCCAAGAGUGACUAAAAGCGACGAAGAUCUCUCUGCUUUCAAGAAAUUGUUGGCUCAAGUCACUGGUGGACAAGCUGUUCCGGCGGCAAAUGGUCCGAUCUCACAAAAAUCUCAACCUAUCACGCUAAUGCAGUUAUUGAACAAAACACAGCAGCACGUUGCUCAACAACAGCAACUUGCCGAACAAAUGCAUCCACCGAAUUUCAAUCACGCUGGACCUCUUGGCCCAACACAGCAUCCUCACCAAGCCCAAAUGCAGCAUGAGAAUUUGCUCAAGGUAUUGCAGAUCCAGCAACAACAAAAACAGAGACAGCAACAGCAGAGCGAUAUGUUGUCCAUGAUGAUGGGAGGUCAGCGCAUGCUCGGCAUGAGUCCAUUGCCUCCUGACAUGCAAAUGAUGGUUAAUAACGCACCGUCCAGCAGGGAACUCUUGCAACGACCAGAGGCUCAGGCAAUCAUACAAGGCUUGCAGCAGGGUGAAAUCACUCAGCAACAUCUGGUUCAACAACUGCAGAAUCCUGCAAUGCAGCAUCGUCAUCGAGAAGUCUUGGUUAACAUACUUAAGAUGUACAGUGGCGCUACACCCCGAACUGUUAGUCCCCAUCCAAGUGCGCCUACGCCUCAAGAUCACAUACUACAGCAGAUGCUCUACCAGCAACAACAGCAGCAGCAACAACAGCAACAACAAAAAAGAAUUCCGUCACCACUGAACAAUGCGUACUGUCCUCCGCCAAUAAUAUCACCAAACUUGGCUGCGAGCCCUAAUACAUUGACAGUGCAACAUCCAGUGAUACCACACCGAGUGCCAUCUCCGCGCGAGCUUGUGAUGCAUACACAAUCUAUAAUACAAAAUGCAUUGAUCAAGAAGAAGCUGGAGGAACAGAGAGAAAAUUUCCGUAAACGACAAGAACAACAACAACAACAACAGCAGCAGCAACAAUCACAGAGAACUAUCAGCCCUAUCAAUUCACCUGCAAAGCAACAGCUCAGUCCGACUCCUCUGGCCUUCACACCUACCUCCGUCCUUCGCAAGAUGACCGCCGAGAAGGAACCCGAGGGCAACAGUGAUCCAACGAAAAUGGGCAGCCAGGCUCAAGUCUCCCAUAUGCAACAAGUGCAGUCUGCAGUACAGCUGAUUGCACAAGGCGUCAUUUCACGACAUAGUACACUGCGGCCACAGCCAGUACAGCCAACGUGGUCCGCCCCCACAGUCAAACAGCAUCCCGGUCGGCCUAUAGUGAAAGGUGGUGGUGGAAAUCAAUUUCAGUACAGUGGUAAUGCGGAUUACCAACAGCAGCAGCAGCAGCAGCAGCAACAACAACAACAACAACAACAACAACAACAGCAAAGACAACAACAACAACAACAACAAAGAGCUGCAGUCGGAGCAUAUGGGAAUUUGGCCCGUUCAAAACACACAAUGGCAUCGCCGUUGUCACAUGUACCCAAUCCUGCGCAGUUCAAUCUCCCACCGAACUCUAUAAUUGGCCAACGAUCGAGUUCUGUUAAUAAUCAACUCAAGCAAUCGCAACAAGUCCAGUCUCAUCUAUCCAGCAUACAGCAACAGCGAACAGUGAAUCCUCAGCUGCAACAACUCGUUAUGAAUCAAAACUACAACUCUGCUCGUACCGAUGGACGAGCAAUGCAAUCGCAACCAUUGAAUAUUCCUGUCGGUCGUCAGCCAUCCCCUGGUCUUGGAUUCAUGGGUAGCAAUGGCGGGGACCUCUCGCCAACUUCAAACCAAUUGGCUCGAUGGUUUAGUCCAGAACUACUAGCGCAAGCUCGCGCCGGAAAACUGCCAGAAUUGGGGCAAACAAACGUCGUUUCAUUGGAGGAGUUAGAGAGGCUUCAGCAUGCCUCGACAACGGUUCACAAUUAAAUUGAUAUUAUAACUGAGUGAAAGGAGAAAAGAAAAAAGUCACCUGUUUCUCUAUCUAAUCAAAUUGUGUCCACCUUACUUUACACGACCCCAAAAAGUAAUCCAUGAAUAUUUAUAUUUGGAUAAUAGAAUUGCUCGAAGUGCAAUUUCACGACUACAUGGGAAAUAUUUGAAGCUGGCUUCAAAAAAAUUAACAUGGUUGCCAAUUGACCGUGUCGAAAACAAGGUCUAAGAUGGUGAAAGUGUUCCAACGUGAGAACUUAGUUAGAGUGCUGGUGUCAAAGCUUGAACGGUUAUACCGAACACUGAACAGUUUUGCAAGCCUAAAAUCUGAAAGAUUCUGCAGGACCUGCAAGGUAUGUGUCGGUAAUUUGUUAGCAUUGCUGCAAAACGAAGAAACAAUGAGCGACAUUAAUCAUUAUUAAUGACUCUUUGUAUGGAUAUUAUGAUAUUAUUCGUGACGUCGGUUAUUCGAUUACUCAUCAGUUUGUUGUGAGAUAAAAAAAAAAAAUGUAAGAUAAGCUACUUUUGACUGGAAAACGCUGUAUUAGUUUGACUGAUAGAUAAACUGCGUGUAUAAAACUGAUCAUCAUACAUCGUAACUUUACAUAUGACACAGGUGAAAAGCAUUAUUCAUACAAUGUCAUUAUUGAAGUAACGAACUAAUUCCCUAAUAGCUAAAAGGUGAAAAAAGAGGAUUACUGAUGUAGGCAAGUAGAGAGGACAAAAAGAACCUGAAUUAAACUUCUGAACAAAUUGUUUCUUUCUUCCUAACGCACAUAUGUGUACUGUGGUAUUUGAAAUGCCACAAAGUAACUGGCAGUAAUAGAAAUUUGUUAAUACCCAGGAUAAAAAUUGCAAAGCCAUAUUCUGUAUCAAUUGUCGACAUACAUAAAGAAAUUGUAUUGUAAAUUCGCAGAUUUUUUUCAUUUUUUUUUUCCCCCCUUACCGUAGUACUGACUAUUAGUGUAUUAUAAUCCAACAUAAAAAUGGAUCAAUCUCCUGAGUGCACAGUUGCCACGAGUCAUACCUAGGUGUAUACGCAUGAACAUUAAAAUAAAUUUAUUAUAAUAAUAUAUACUUUUGUAGAAAUAUGAGAAGACAGUAUGAUAAAAAACCGACUAAAGUU